CCUUUUUCUGGGUCGUUUUCCGGAAUUUUCCCCUUUUGGAUCGGAUGGCCAAGACGGGCGCUCUGGAUGAGAUUUCGGCGGAGCUGCGGGCGCACUGCCCACAAUGCCAGGAGAUGUUCUCGGACCCCCGAGUCCUGCCCUGCCUGCAUACGCUCUGCAUGGACUGCCUGAGCAAGCUGGAGCCCUUCACCACCCUGGAGAGGGGGCAGAAGCUGAGGAGCCUCCUGUGCCCGCUGUGUGAUUGCGAGGUGGCGCUGCCAGCGGGGGGCGUGCAGGAGUUCUUGCCCGACAUGCUGGCGCAGACCGAGGUGCUGCGUGUGCGGCUGCGGAGCGGGGGGCACCAGAUGCCGUGUGACCUCUGCGCGGACGGGAAGGGCGAGAGACGGUGCCAGGAGUGCAAGAUGAACAUGUACGAGGCACACAGAAGAUAGCAGAGAACGGCGGCUCAUGGCUUGCAGCUCCUCAGGGAUCUUCCUCCGGGCUCCUCCCUCUCUCCGCCCCCGUACUGUUCUCUCCACCCAUUGGAGGAGCUGCGCUUGUUCUGCGAGGCCUGUGCGGUUCCCUCGUGCCGGGACUGCGCGCUCCUCAGGCACCGGGGCCACGAGCUGGGCCCCGUGGGGGAGGCGGCCGUGAAGCACAAGGAGCAGCUUCGAGGAGCCUUACUGAAGUCGGAUCCGCAGCUGGAGGACCUGGAGAAGACGCUGCACGCCGUGCGCAGGGCGGGGGAGGAGCUGAGGCAGAGGGCGGAUACCCUGCGGAAGGAGGUGGAGCUCUUCACCGAGGGGUACAUACAGGCGAUCCAGGAGCACAAGCUCCGCCUCCUGCGUGACCUCGACGACGAAGUGCGUCGGAAGGAGCAGGCCCUGAACCUGCAGAGGGCCCGGGCCCACCAGCAGCUUUCAGACCUCCGCACUGCCGCCACCUUCACCCGGGGCCUCCUGCACUGCGGGCCCGACCUCCACAUCGUGCGCGCCAAGGCCCUGGCGCUGGGCCGCCUCGGGGACCUCAGUCACGGGGACCGCAGCGGGGCGGAGCAGGUGGAGCCCGUCAGCGUCCGAUUCAAUCCGCAGGAAGAGGCGGGGCUGUGCCGGGGCUACCAGGUGUACGGGACGGUGCAGAGGGGAGGGAUCGACCCCGAGAGGUGCGAGGUCAAAGGGCAAGGUGAGAUUUCAGAGCGGACAGUUACCAACCAAUCAGAUUCUUCGUAUAAAGUCCAAUGGCUGCUUCCUGUCCUCCACGCCAGUGCUCUGUGCUGGCGGAGCUCAGUGACAGCCACGCCCCUCAUUACAGCCAUCAUAGGGGGGCCCCCCCAUUCUCUGAGCAGCUUCACCGUCAUCUGUAAGAACAAGGCCGAGGAGCCGCGGGAAGAGCCGAGAGUCACCAUACUACACCGGGAGUCCGGCAGAGCUCUCCAACCCUCCCUCCAGGACAACCAUGACGGAACCUACCAGAUCUCCUACACCCCCUCGGAGGCGGGGCAGCUGGCGGUCAGCGUGUGCGUAAAGGGCCGUCACAUCAAGGUGAGACAACGGUGUCCCGGGAUCUACCAUUGCUGUACGUUCUGCUCCAGUGGAGGUCAGAAGGACGCCCGCUGCGGAUGUGGAGGCUCCAUGCCUGGUAAGUGGGGGGGGAGGUCUCUGCGGGGGUGUUACGAGGUCUCCGGUGUGUUACAUUUGGUGUUCUCGCUCUCUCAUACUGGUCGCUGGAAGUUCUACACGGCGGCUCAUGGCAGAGAACUCUCUGCGGAUCUGAAACAUAAAGAUGGCCGCCGAGGCUAUAAGAAGAUCGCCGAGACCCUGAAACUGAGCCGCGGCACGGUGGCCAAGACCAUACAGCCGGUGUAA